UGUACAGUCCAUGUGGCAUGCCUUUAAUGCAACAAACACAGACAAGUUUCCUCCAGAGUUUGGCUGCUUCACCCUCCUGGGCAGAUCUCGGCCUUUCUAGAGUCUCUUGUAUGGAAACACAAAACAUUCAGGGAUCUCUGUGUUCUGAUGUAGAAUUCUCUGUUGAGACUGACUACAGGCAGGAAACAAGAUGUAGUGCUGUUCAGCAGAACCUUGAGUCCGAAUGGAGCCAUGCUGUAGAACAAACUCUGACUGUCUUCAUUUUCACUCAGUACACUGACCCCUUCAGCUCCCAGAUCUCCGACUUCAUCAGCAGUGAGGAGGUUUUCGAGAGACACUUGGAUGCAGUUCUUUGGUACAAUGGAGAUCAAGUGAGGGCGACUCUACAGUCUACCAUGAAAAAUGCUCUGAAAGCAUUUCAACAAAGACAUGCUACCAGGCGGAGGUUGGAUUCUGCUAUACCCAUAGUGUUAAGCUCAAUGAACAGUAUAAUUGCCAGCAGCAGCAGUGGAGAGUUUCGAAGUGUCUGUUUUGAUACCAUGAGGGUCAAGAGCACCAGCGAGUUGCUUGCCUCACUACAGCAGUCUCUUCAAAGCAUUGUGGAUGGGCGCUUUGCUUCAAGGCGCAUGUGUAGUAACAAAAAGGUGGUGGAAGCUGUUAGCUCUGAACAGAGUAGUCUUCACAGCUUGGAGGAAGAGUUUGAAAAUCCAACAGAACUGUCUUCUAAGAGGAUUCACUCUGAUAUUCAUUCCUCAAGCAUUAUCCCUAAGAAGAGACAAUGUUCAGAGAUGUUCUCUGAGAAUUCAGAUACCUUCAUGAACAAUGUCUUUGAGGCGGCAAACAUCCAGAGAAAUUCCCUGUCCCCAAUACAGCUUCCUCAAAGUCAUCAAAACAGAAUGAUCACAGCCAAACCCUCAGCACUGAGGAAUGAACAGGAUGUUAAUUAAAUUCUGCUUUAUAUCUUGUCAUUCAACAUUGGUAGUUUCAACAAUUUACAGAAUAUCCAGAAAUUAUUCUGAUCACGCAACUUGUGAUUCUCAAUAGGUUGGAAAAGUGGAGGAGGGGUGCACAAACUCUGGUUUAUUCCCGAUUCUAGAGUCACGUCCUUAACGUGGACACAGGUCCAGUACUGUUCCACAUCAGGCGGUGAUAAAGACGGAUCUCCAGCAGGACCUGUAGAGCCAAAGCCCACUGAGAAAGAACAAGCUGCCCAGGCAUCUGCAAAAGCAGCUGGUUCCAAACCUCAAGGUCUGACGAAAGCAGAGAGCAUUCAAGUGAAAGUUCGGGCUGUCCUGAAAAAAAGGGAAUAUGGCACCAAAUACACCCAGAAUAAUUUCAUCACCGCAGUUAGAGCUAUGAAUGAGUUCUGCCUCAAACCUAGUGACCUGGAACAGCUUAGGAAAAUCCGUCGACGUAGUCCUCAUGAUGACACAGAAGCCUUCACUGUUUUCCUGCGAUCGGAUGUUGAGGCAAAAGCGCUGGAUGUAUGGGGAAGUCAAGAGGCACUUGCUAGAGAGAGGAAUGUCAGGAAAGAGGUGGAAAGGGAGUACCAGGAAAACAUAUUUAGAAAUCAGAAGCUGUUAAAGGAGUACAAAGACUUCUGGGGGAACACAAAGCCUCGGUCUAGGAAGAGAGUGACAUUUCUACAAGGGCCAGGAAAAGUGGUGAUGGUGGCUAUAUGCAUAAAUGGACUGAAUUUUUUCUUCAAGCUGUUGGCAUGGGUUUAUACGGGAUCUGCCAGUAUGUUUUCAGAAGCCAUCCACUCACUGGCUGAUACCUGCAAUCAGGCUCUUCUUGCACUAGGCAUCAGCCAGUCUGUCCGGAACCCAGAUGCCGUCCAUCCGUAUGGCUUUUCCAACAUGCGUUACAUCGCCUCUCUCAUCAGCGGUGUCGGCAUCUUCAUGAUGGGUGCUGGCUUGUCUUGGUAUCACGGCAUUAUGGGACUCCUGCACCCUCAGCCAAUAGAAUCACUGCUCUGGGCUUACUGUAUUUUAGCAGGAUCUCUGGUAUCUGAAGGAGCUACACUGUUGGUGGCCAUUAAUGAGAUCAAGAAGAGUGCACAUAAACAGGGCUUGUCCUUUUAUGAGUACGUGAUGCAAAGUCGAGACCCCAGCACUAACGUGGUCCUGUUGGAGGACGCUGCUGCUGUUCUCGGGGUGAUUCUGGCAGCUGGAUGUAUGGGACUAACGUCUCUUACAGGUAACCCUUACUAUGACAGUCUGGGUUCUCUGGGUGUAGGCACCCUGUUAGGAACGGUGUCUGCAUUCCUCAUCUACACUAACACAGAGGCUCUGCUGGGUCGCUCCAUCCAGGCCGAGCAUGUGCAGAUGCUCACAGAGUUUCUGGAAAGCGACCCUGCUGUCAGGGCGAUUCAUGAUGUCAAAGCCACAGAUAUGGGGCUGAGCAAAGUGCGCUUCAAGGCGGAGGUGGACUUUGAUGGACGGGUGGUGACGCGCUCAUACCUGGAGAAGCAAGACAUUGAACAGAUCCUCAACGACAUUCAGCAAGUGAGGACACCAGAAGAGCUGGAGAACUUUAUGUUGAAGCAUGGGGAGAACAUCAUUGACACCUUAGGAGCAGAGGUGGACCGUCUGGAGAAAGAACUUAAGCAACGUAAUCCUGAGGUGCGACAUGUGGAUCUGGAGAUUUUAUAAUGUCGUGACACGUUGCAGAAUGGGGAUCAGGAUUGAGCGGAAGGAAGACUAAUCAAACCUCGAAUGACCCUGAGCGCCCCAAUCUCUCCAACCAGCCAAUCAGCUGAGGUCUUAUGUUGCACCUAUCCCACAUCAACCAACCACUAACCUGUACAUGGUUUCAGUAGCUGUUAAAAUAUCAAAACCUUAGCCAGUACAGAAAAGACUCCAACUAGAUAGAGACAUGGCUGAGAAAUGAUAAUUAUACAGACAUUGGCUUUCAGAUCUGUGGUAGUUUGUACCAUCAGAGCUUUGAAAUCAUGUUUAUGGAUUGUAAAAGGACCAGUCUUAUUUCAUUUUACAAAAUGCAUGCAAAGCAGCAUAAACACUCAUAUUUUACCAUAAAUAGUUAGCUUGAAUGGUAAA